AUGGGGGACCACGAGUUCUCCACCAUCAAACACAGCGAUCACCUGCUGCUUGACCAACCCCUCCUCCGCCUGCCCUCCGAGCUCCUCCGCAAAAAUUUCCGCUCCGCCCACUUCACCAUCGAGAAGGACACCUCGGCCCUCAAGACACUCCUCAAGGACUCGGCCACGGCCGCUGUCUCUGGCCGCGCCACCCAGCAGGAUGUCCUCCGCAGCCUCGACUCCAUGCUCGCCCGCAUGCGUGGCGUUAAGCGCAAGCUCGCUACUUGUGCCGAUGACGAGGCCCGCCUUCACGCUCACGCUGCGGCUCGCAUCGCCCACCUGGACGAGCUCUACGCCAUGACCUCGGUCGACGACGUCAAGUACGAGGCCUGGAGCCGGAAGCGCCUUGACCGCCUGCUGGCGGACUACCUGCUCCGCCAUGGGUAUAAUGAAAGUGCGAAAGAGCUAGCCCAGCAACGUGGCAUGGAAAACUUGGUGGACAUGGAUACCUUCGUUGCCAUGAGCAGGAUCCGCGAUGCCCUCGUCAAGGGCAGCGUGACCGACGCACUGGCCUGGUGCACAGACAACAAGAAGGAAUUGAGAAAGAUGGAGAGUAAACUCGAGUUCAUGCUCCGGUUCCAACAGUACAUUGAGCUCGUCCGCACGCAGUCAUCGUCUAAGCUCACCGAGGCCAUCACUCACGCGAAGAAACACCUCAUCCCAUUCCGUGCCGCUUUUCCCCGCGAAGUACAACAGGCCUGUGGCCUCCUCGCGUUUCCCCCGAGCUCCCCUGCCUCCGCCGCCUACGCCGAUCUCUACAAGCCCUCCCGCUGGACCGAUCUCGCCGAUCUCUUCACCACGACUCACAACAACCUCCUAGCUCUACCCGCCGUGCCCCUCUUGCACGUUGCCCUCUCAUCGGGUCUCUCUGCACUCAAAACCCCGGCCUGUCACGCCCACUCUUCAUCGUCAGACUCUGCUUCAGCUUCCUCUGACCCCGCGGCGGCCGUUGCCUCUACUCUCGGCCACGGCGUCUGCCCGAUCUGCUCAACCGAGCUCAACGAACUCGCUCGCAACGUCCCAUACGCGCAUCACACCAAGAGCCACGUCGAGCACGACCUACGUCUCCUCCCCAACGGCUGUGUCUACGGCAAGGACCGCCUGGAGUUGCAGGCCAAGAAGGGCGGGUUGUCCGCAGACCACGUUAAGGAUCUGCGCACAGGGGAAGUCUUUACGGCCGAUUCUCUCAAGAAGGUCUUUAUUACUUAG